ACAGCGUUUAAAUACCUUAUGUAUCUUCAUUCUUCUCCAUCAGGCAAGCAAGACAGUAUUUUCUAAUCAAUCACACACAGCAUUUUCUACUCAAAUCACAGAAAAAGAAAAGAAGAGAAUGUCGCUGAUUCCAAGUUUCUUCGGUGGCCGAAGGAGCAACGUCUUCGAUCCUUUCUCCCUCGACGUUUGGGACCCCUUUAAAGACUUCCAAUUCCCGAGCUCUCUUACUUCUUCCGACAAUUCUGCGUUCGUCAACACUCGUGUGGACUGGAAGGAGACUCCCGAAGCACAUGUGUUCAAGGCUGAUCUUCCUGGUCUGAAGAAGGAGGAAGUGAAGGUUGAGAUCGAAGAUAACAGUGUCCUUCAGAUCAGCGGCGAGAGGAACGUUGAGAAGGAGGACAAGAACGACACCUGGCACCGUGUGGAGCGCAGCAGCGGCAAGUUCAUGCGGAGGUUCAGGCUCCCCGAGAACGCCAAGAUGGAUGAGGUGAAGGCAGCCAUGGAGAAUGGUGUUCUCACUGUCACUGUUCCCAAAGCAGAAGUUAAGAAACCCGAUGUUAAGCCCAUUCAGAUCACUGGUUAAACAAGAUACUUUUUC